AAGUCCGAUAGAUGUCGCUUACAAAUGUGAACUCGAGAGAAACAUUGCCGAUUAGCUCGACAGAUUUCAAAAUAUAGUGAUACUGAGUGUGAGUGCAAGAAACUGUUUCAACUCAGUGAGUGGGUGAAUACGAACUCGAACAAAAUGGAGAUCUAUCCGUGGAUGUUCAUUUGUUGCAUUUCAUUGUAUAAUGUGAAAGUAAGUUCGGCAGUAACCACGGGACUAAGGUGGGUCCGAGUGAACGUACCACAAUACAGGGUACCAGGCGAAACAGCGAUGCUUCAGUGUGACUAUGACUUGGGUAAUGACACACUCUAUGCUGUCAAAUGGUACAAAGACCACGAAGAAUUCUACCGAUUCGUUCCGAAAGCAAAACCACAGGCCAACUGGUAUGAAGUUGAAGGUGUUCACGUUGACGUGACCAAGUCUGAUAGUAGAAAAGUGGUGAUCCAUUCAGUGAGUUGGAAGACUAGUGGUAUCUUUCGCUGUGAAGUAUCUGCCGAAGCUCCAUCAUUUGCGUCUGCCCAGAGUGAAGCUAAAAUGGAAGUUGUCG